GUGGGCUGGUCACAGCAGCACCAGUCACAUCACACAGCUCCUCCUCCUCCUCCUCCUUCAGGCGUCACCGUCUCUCUCGUGGAUGUAGAUCCGUGCAGCGGGAGCUCUCCUCGGCUGCUGCCUGUCAUCCAUCCAUCCUUCGCUGUGUGGAGCUGGUUAAAAACUGAAAAGAGAGAAGUUUCUCUCCAGCCAUGCACAAGGUGGAGGGACGGGUAACCCCGGUUAACCUGCCGUCCUCCAGGGGCCCAAGUGCCCCGGGGUCGCCUGCUACUGGCAUUGUGGCCAGAGUUAAUGACGAGGUAGUGGGCUACAGAGACCUGGCAGCUCUCCCCAAAGAUAAAGCCAUCCUGCAGGUAGAGCGACCUGACCUGAUGACCUAUCAACCACACCUGACCUUCUCACCGCUCGACCCUCCGCGCAGAGAGCGAUCCCUCUCUCCUCCCUCCAUGUCUCCGACCAUGUCUCCCGAGGUGAAAGGUCGCAGAGCAGAGAGUGACAGUGGUUCACCUGGAGGAUCUUCACUGCAGCUUAACGCAGGACGCAAGAUCAGCACCAGCCUGCAGCAUUUUCACCGACCAGAAAAUGGAACCAACAUCUACAGGAAACCUCCCAUCUACAAACACGAUGCAGGCAAACAGCCGGAAGGGGGUGGAGUCAUCAGCUCGGCAAAGUUUCCCGCAGCACAGCCGCCGGAUCCGAAUCAGCCAUCCAAGAUAGAGACAGAGUACUGGCCCUGCCCGCCGUCACUGGCUGCCAUGGAGAUCGAGUGGAGGAAGAAGAAGCUGCAGGAGGAAGAUGAGUUUGAGGAUCUGACAGAAGAAGCCAAGACGUUGCAGGAGCAGGAGCUAGAGAAGAUCAAGUCAAACCUGGGUCGUCUGAUCCUGAAGGAGGAAAAGGAAAAAGCCGUUCACUUCAGGAGGAAGACACAGUCGCUGCCCGACAGAACACACAUGCAUACGAGUUUGUCGGCGAGUGCGUCCAAGUCUCCGACUCACUCAGGCCCGGGUUUGACCAGAAUGCAGUCUGCAGAGUUUUCUACAGAAGCAGAGAAAGUUCGUGCAGCUGCCCAGAACGGAGACACUCGCAGAGAGAGGAUGGACAGAGGGAACUCUCUGCCCAGUAUUCUGGAGCAAAAGAUUUAUCCCUAUGAAGCGCUGAUUGUGACCCACAGGGGGCGCUGUAAGCUGCCGCCCGGAGUCGACCGCACUCGUCUGGAGAGACACCUGGCUCCUGAGGACUUCGAGCAGCUCUUCGGGAUGAAGAUGGCUGAGUUCGACCGUCUCUCUCUGUGGAAACGAAAUGAACUGAAGAAGAAAGUCUCACUUUUCUAACAGAAAGUGACGUCAUCAACCGUGGAUACUUGACAAACGUCAGAGGAAGAAGAAGAAUGAGGCCAUAACAGCAGAAAUCAACAUUACUAACCAAUCACAUCCAUGGAUGUGAGCUGGCUCCGCCCCCAGAGGAUCAGAGUGUUUCCUCUUGUUAGCGAAGAAAGAAAGUGUAGCUCUGACUAACACACACACACACACACACACACAUGCUGUGCUGCACUUAUAAUCACCACUGCUUCAGUCACUCGUGUCACAUGACGUCAUCAUCAUUAUCAUCAUCAUCAUCAUCAUCAUCAUCAUCAUCAUCAUCAUCAUCUGUGUCAGUCAAACCUGCGACGUGAUGAUGCAAGUAGCUGUUCAGUUGUCAUGGAGAUGGUUCACAAGCGACCAAUCAGAUCACAGGAAAUUGCAGCGUGACGGAGAACAAGCCAAGAAUGGAGCCCUCUCAUUGGUUCACGCGACGUAUUGAACUGUGACAUCAUCACGGGACGACACAGCGUGGACCGAGCACGCUGAGAUUUUACUUCAGAAUUAUUAUUAUUAGCGCUACACUGAUCUUCCGCUGCGUCGCUGCCCCUAGAGGUCAUGUGGUGAGCUGCACGCCUGAUUUAUCAAACCACACCCAUAACGUUUACAGGCCACGCCCACCUUUAACCAACGGACUUGGGAAAUGCGACUUAUAAUUAUUCAAACGCUCAUCGGGACUGUAAAAAACGUACUGUAAAAGUACGUGUUAAACAUACGUCGUAAAUACAUUUACAAUAAAGUCAUCGUAUACUCAGGACACUUUGGACGCCUAAGUAUACGAUGACUUUUUGCGACAUUUUGGACACCUCACUAUUCUAUAAUUUUUUUGCAACAUUUUGGAAUCCUACUGCUCUAUGACUUUUUUGCGACAUUUUUACACUUAUCUACUGUAUGACUUUUUUGCGACAUUUUGGACGCUUAACUACUCUAUUUGAAAGUAAACAAAAUUUAAACAAAGACAAUCUAAAUAAAAACUUUAUUUAAAUGUCAACAUUAUUUGAACGAUAUAUUUGAUAUAUUGAUGUGACCAAAAAACAAUAUUUAAAUUUUAGUGAUAUUCAAACACUGACAUUUAAAAAAACUUUUUUUAAACAAAAUAAAUUGGUUGAAAUGUUACAGCAUUACUCAAACGUGUGUGUGAUUAAACUUUGACAACAAACAUGAUCUAAACAUAAUUUAUCAUUUUAAAAGUAACAUAAAUUAUAUUUGAAUGCAAUUUGAAUAUGAUUUACAUAUUAACAUUAAUUAAAUGUUAAACUGAUUUAUUGCACAUGUCACUAUUUAAACAAAAACAUGAUUUAAACAUUGACUUGGUUCAAAUGUCAGCGUUAUUCAAACAUUCAUGUGAUUUAUAUGAGAAAAAAAACUUUAUUUUGGAGUUUAAAUACAGAAAAAAAAAAUUAUUUCAACCUUUAAUGUGAAAUUAACACAUCAGUAAACCAACUCCAUGACACCAGAUGUGAUGAUGUCACCUAUUAAUCAAACGUAUUGAUCACGUGAAGCCAUUUUAUUUAUUUGAUUGUAAUUUUUUGCUGACUCAUGUUUGUCUGCUGCUCUGAGCUGUGCUCUUGUUCUGAAAAUAAUGUUACUGCUGUACAGUUGUUGUUGUUGUUUAUUUUUUAUUUAAUGACCUCACUGAUGACAUCUUCCCUCUCGUUAACUCACCACCACUAACAUCAUGCAGACGUUAAAGGAGUAGUUUUUACUAAUCGACAUGGUAAUAUUUGUAUCUGCUUUGUUCUGGUGACGCCUUCAAGCCAUUGCUCCACUUUCUGUUUCUGUCACACAAUGGAAGGAAAAUAAACCAGAAAAUAUCAA